UUUUCAGUGCUCACUCUGCAUUUGUUUGUAUCCUCCUCCUUGCUGAGAUUAGAGGGAUACCUGUCUAGUGCUGCUUUAUUAUGAUUUCUACUGAGGCUCAGAACAGGUUCUGGUAUUUUUUUAGGUGGACUGCCAGCUGCCGAUUUCGCUGUUGACAGUAAAAGCAGAUAUGUUCCUUGCUCACUGCCAUUAGCACUGACCAUGACCCUUCACACCAAAACCUCUGGAGUUAGCCUGCUUCACCAGAUUCAAGGCACUGAACUGGAGACACUGAGCAGACCUCAGCUGAAGAUUCCCCUGGAAAGAUCGCUCAGCGACAUGUACGUGGAGAGCAACAAGACAGGAGUUUUUAACUACCCAGAAGGGGCCACUUACGAUUUUGGCACUACAGCUCCAGUGUACAGCUCUACUACUCUCAGUUAUGCCCCUACUUCUGAAUCUUUCGGGUCCAGCAGUCUGGCAGGAUUUCAUUCACUGAACAAUGUCCCACCAAGUCCAGUGGUGUUCUUGCAAACAGCACCCCAGCUCUCACCCUUCAUCCAUCAUCACAGCCAACAGGUACCCUAUUACCUUGAGAACGAACAGGGCAGCUUUGGGAUGAGGGAAGCUGCUCCUCCAGCCUUCUACAGGCCAACCUCUGAUAACAGGCGCCACAGCAUCCGGGAGAGGAUGUCCAGUACCAACGAGAAAGGGAGCCUGUCCAUGGAGUCCACCAAGGAGACCCGGUACUGUGCUGUCUGCAAUGACUAUGCUUCAGGCUACCACUAUGGAGUCUGGUCCUGUGAGGGCUGCAAAGCUUUUUUCAAAAGGAGUAUUCAAGGGCACAAUGACUACAUGUGUCCUGCUACUAACCAGUGCACAAUCGACAAGAACAGAAGAAAGAGUUGCCAGGCUUGCCGAUUAAGAAAGUGCUAUGAAGUGGGGAUGAUGAAAGGUGGAAUCCGGAAAGACCGCAGAGGUGGGCGAACAGUGAAACAAAAACGUCAAAGAGAAGAGCAGGAUUCCAGGAAUGGGGAGCCUUCUGCUACAGAGCUGCGAGCUCCCACCCUCUGGACAAGUCCACUGGUGGUUAAACAUAACAAGAAGAACAGUCCAGCCCUGUCCCUGACAGCAGAACAGAUGGUCAGUGCCCUUCUGGAAGCUGAGCCACCCAUAGUGUAUUCUGAAUAUGACCCAAAUAGACCAUUCAACGAAGCCUCUAUGAUGACCCUGUUGACCAACCUUGCAGACAGAGAAUUAGUACACAUGAUCAACUGGGCAAAGAGAGUUCCAGGAUUUGUGGAUCUAACACUCCAUGAUCAGGUCCAUCUACUGGAAUGUGCGUGGUUAGAGAUACUGAUGAUUGGCUUAGUCUGGCGCUCCAUGGAACACCCAGGAAAGCUUUUAUUUGCACCUAACCUACUACUGGACAGGAAUCAAGGCAAAUGUGUAGAGGGCAUGGUGGAAAUCUUUGACAUGCUGCUGGCUACCGCUGCUCGGUUUCGCAUGAUGAACCUUCAAGGGGAGGAAUUUGUGUGCCUUAAGUCCAUCAUCCUGCUCAAUUCUGGUGUGUACACUUUUCUUUCCAGCACCUUGAAAUCUCUGGAAGAGAGAGACUAUAUUCACCGGGUUCUAGACAAAAUCACAGACACUCUGAUACAUUUAAUGGCCAAGUCGGGUCUUUCUCUGCAGCAGCAACACAGACGACUAGCUCAGCUCCUCCUCAUCCUCUCUCACAUCAGACACAUGAGCAACAAAGGAAUGGAGCACCUGUACAAUAUGAAGUGUAAAAAUGUAGUUCCACUCUAUGAUCUCUUGCUGGAGAUGUUGGAUGCUCACCGACUGCAUGCCCCAGCAGCCCGGAGCGCUGCACCGAUGGAAGAGGAGAACCGGAGCCAGCUGACAACUGCACCAGCUACAUCUCAUUCCUUGCAGUCUUUUUAUAUAAAUGGCAAAGAGGAGGAGAAUAUGCAGAAUACAAUAUAAUCAAAAGUCAGCAUAUAUAAUGGUAUGAGAAACCCAGCAGCAUACUGCCUAGCUCCUGCUUCACUUUGUCUGUAGUGCCUGUGUAAACACUCCAAUGACAACAGUCACC